CUUACGAGCUCGAUCAUCAUGGGCAUCCAGCGCAGCGACCAGACCGUCCAUGCUGCUUCCAUUGAUACCGCCAACCCGUUGGUCCAGGAAUUUGGGCAGCUCCAGGUUCUCGACGACCUGAUUCGUUUGCGAGCAGCCGAUAUUGUUCAACAUCCAAUCCUUGCCUAUCCCCGAUCAGCGAGCCAUGCCGCGUCCUACGACUACUAUAGCGGUCAAGACUUGAAUGGCAUGAUCAAUCAGGCAGCGACGAUGCUGAUGGACUUUGGCUUUCAGACGCCCAGGCAAAACAAAUCGAUUGUCGCGCUCCUUUCCGUGUCAGACCUCGAUAUGGUAGUGACGUUCUUUGCACUGAGUCGACUGGGCUACAUCGUCAUGAUGCUUUCUCCGAGACUGUCGGGUAAGGCGUGUGUCACCCUGUUGGAGGCGGUGGGAUGCGAGACCAUUGUUUACGGCGAGACGGCCACCAUUCGCGCGACCAUGGGUGACAUUUUACAGCGGAAGCUCGUGAGCUGCCGUCCACUGCCCCGAGCCUCUUUGGACACCCAAGCUGAGCCUAGGUUCUUCUUCCUUUGCCGCGAUCGCAACCCCGACAAAACCGCUGUGAUCCUGCAUUCUUCGGGAUCUACUGGUGCCCCCAACCCGCUGUUUCUUACCCAUCGAGCGCUCAUGACACACCCGCUAAAGGGUCCUAGACUCACGUCUUUCAAUCCCCUUCCCUGGUGCCAUCUUCACGGGCUGUCCACCGCAUUCCAGGCCAUGUGGAUGCGCAAGACCGCGUACAUGUGGAACGCCGCACUGCCAAUGACAGCCGAGCUCGUGCUCACCGCCCUAGAGGAAGUCCGGCCCGAGCUGUUAGCCGCCGUCCCGUACAUGCUUCAGCUGUUGGUGGACGAUCCUCGUGGCAUUGCGGCACUGCGGAAAUGCACGCUGGUCACGUACGGAGGAGCCCCUUGCCCAGACGAAUUGGGAGAUCGCCUGGUCAGGGAAGGUGUCAAAUUUGGAGCAUCGUUCGGCCUGACCGAGGCAGGUCUUGUGGCAGAUUCGAUCUCACGGCACGACGAUGACCCCUGUUGGAACUAUCUGCAAUUCUUUGACAGUGUUCGACCGUACGUUUGGAUGAAACCCAUCAGCGAGGCUGAAUCACUCUACGAAUGCGUUUACCUGGCCGGUCAUCCGGCUUUGACCACAUCCAAUUCAGACGACCCACCCGGGUCUUUCCACUCUAAGGAUGUAUUCGUUCCUCAUCCUACGAUCCGGGGGCGAUGGAAGUUUCUGUCGCGACUGGACGACCGCGUGACUCUCGCCAACGGCGAAAAAGUCUUGCCACUUUCAAUCGAAGGCCACGUCAAGCAACAUCCACUGGUCGACGAAGCGGUGGUGGUGGGAGUGGGCAAAGCAACUCCGGGUCUUCUGGUUCUGCGCUCCGAGAAAGCUGGGUCAUAUUCUCUGCCGGAUGAGGACUACCUCGAUGCUAUCUGGCCGUCCAUCGAAGAGGCCAAUAGCCACGCAGAGGCCUUCGCUCAAAUUUCGCGGGACAUGGUGGCGAUCCUUCCAUACACCGCGAAGCUCCCCCGAACAGACAAGGGCUCUAUGGUCCGAGCACAGGUCUACCAGCAAUAUGCUGAGUUGAUCGAGACCUUGUACACUCCGGCAGCGCGACCCGAUGGGGGCCUCCAACUAGGUCUGGCCGAGACGCAGUCUCACCUUCUUCAGCUGUGUUGGGACGAUCUCGGGGUCUCCAUAUCGGGCGUGGAUGCCGAUUUAUUUUCCGAAGGUGUCGACAGCUUGAAAGCAAUAUACCUUCGCCGCUUGAUUCGGCAGCAGUUCAGGUUUGACCCCUGCCACUCUUUGAGUCAAAACUUGGUGUUUGAAAUGGGCACCAUCUCGCAGCUGGCGCAGUAUAUCUGUGCGUUGCAGAGCGGAGGUCGCAUAUCAACAGCGCAAGACAGUGUAUCGCUCAUGAAGAACCUGGUCAAGAAAUACUCCCUGUUUCGGAAACAUCUGCGUUGGCCGGAAACCCCACGGAGGACAAGGAGUGUGCUGUUAACAGGAGCAACUGGCUCAGUGGGUGCGCACGUGCUGUUUGAGCUGCUGAACGAUGACUCGGUGUCGACCGUAUACUGUCUCACGCGGAAGCCAUCACCUUUGAAGGCAAUACGCCGCAGCCUGCUUGAGAGGGGCCUGCUGCGUUCGCCGGAACAGACAUCAAAGGUUGUGGCUCUGAACGGCUCAUUAAACCGGCCUGACUUUUGCCUGGACCCGGUAGGGGAAAUCUUUCGUCAUAUGCUGGACUCUGUGUCUUUGAUCAUCCAUACUGCAUGGCCAGUUAACUUCAACCUCCCCCUCGCCCGAUUCGAGCCGCACAUCCGGGGGCUAUACAACCUCAUUGAGUUUUCGCUUUCGGUCCGAAAACUCGAGCCUGCGGUCCUGAUGUUCUGCUCUUCUAUAUCGACGGCGCUGCGCGGCUCCUCCGCUAUGAUCCAAGAAGAGCCGCUCGAGCUCGACAGCGCGCUGAUGGGCUACGGCCAGUCCAAGCUGGUAGGAGAAAAGAUGAUAAGCCUUGCACGCCAAGCAGGAGCAAGGGCAUAUUCUCUCAGAAUUGGUCAAGUUUCGGGGCAUUCUAUGAAAGGACUGUGGAAUGACUCCGAGGCGAUUCCUCUGAUAAUACGAUCGGCACUGACCCUGAGAGCCCUGCCUGACCUACAUCAGGAUUGCUCGUGGCUCCCGGUGGACAAGCUGGCUUCAGUAUUGCUUGAGUUGGCGGAAUCAUGCUCUGCGCCUGACCGCGAUAUCGGACCAAACCGCGCGUCCGGCCCCUCAGGAGUGGCCUAUGUGGAUGACUCUAUCUACAACGUGUACAACCCGCGCGUGUUCCCUUGGUCUGAGCUGCUGGCGACCCUCAAGCGAAGUGGAUUUCAAUUCCAGACCCUGCCGUUUGUAGACUGGCUCCAGUUGCUACGCGAGAGUGAGGCACGAGGCGAAGAGAAUGUCAACCCGGCAGUCAAACUGAUCGAUCACUUCGAGGAGAUGUAUGGUGAUGAGUCUCUCACUCGGCAGAAGUGGACGAGGGAGUUUGCUACGGCCAAGGCUGAACGAGACAGCGUGACUCUACGUAAUGGCUUGAGUAUUGUCGAAAACAGAAUUCUAGACCGCUAUACCCGAGACUGGUUAAUGAGAUGGACGAACUUAUGGUCGGGGUACAGAGAGUGA